AUGGAAGAAACUUUUUAUGAUAGGAUUAUAAAUUAAUAUAGAAGAAUCCCAUUAAAAAAAUAAGAUGAAAUAUUUUUUAUUAUAUUAGAUUGUGAUUAUAAAUUGAAUACAAAUUAAAUUAGAUUAUUUGGUUUAACAGAUCAAUAAUAAUCAUUAGAAAUUAGGAUAACUGAUUAUUUUCCUUAUUUUUAUAUUCCUUUGCCAUCAAAGUUAUUUACAGAGGAUGGUGAUAUUGAAUAUUUUUUAUUUUAAUUCAAUAAUCAUCUAUAUAAACAUGGAAUUACUAAUGAAAUGGAACCGAUCAGAUAAAUUAAUAUUAUAGAGAGUGAAAUUAUAAGAAAUUAUAAAGGUUAGAAUUACUUAAAGGAACCUUUUUUAAAAUUAAGUUUUUUGAAUGUAAAUUCUAUGAAAAAGGUUGCUUCAUAUAUAGAGAAAGGUUUUAAUCUUAAUGGAUAUUAAUUUUCAAAAUAAACUUAUGAAAGUAAAAUAACUUAUCCUUUAAAAUUUAUGAUUGAUUAAAAUCUGAGAGGAAUGGGAUGGGCAAUGGCUAAAAAUUUAAAAGAAGAAGGAGAAUCAAAUUGUUAAAAAAGUUAUAUAGCUUUUACAACAGAUAUCAUUCCUAUUGAAGAAUAAUAGAACAUUCCAAAUUUAAGAAUAAUAAGCAUUGAUAUUUAAACAAAUUCAACAUCAAAAAUCUUAUUUGAUUCUUCUAAAGAGAUUAUUAUAAUAACUUGUAUUAUUUUGAUAAAUCCAGAGAUUUAAAAAAGAAUUGUAUUUACAUAGAAAUAAUGCUAAGAAAUAAAUAAUACAAUAAUUUUUAAAUCAGAAAAUGAAAUAGAAUUAUUAAAAUAAUUUCAUGAAUUUUUUAUAACUUUUGAUCCUGAUGUUAUAACAGGCUAUAACCUACAUGAUGAAAUAUUACCAUUUAUCAUGCAAAGAUCACGAAAUUUAGAAUUAAAUAGUGAAUAUCUUAAUUAUGGAAGAUCAAAAAAUGAAGAAAGUUUAAUAACGAAAGGAAGAUUCUUUAGUACAGUUAUGAGACUAAGAGAAACUAAAUUUGUAGAGACUAAUGGUAGAAUUUAAUUAGAUACUUUAAUUUGUAUGUUAAGAGAUACAAAAAUAUCACAAUAUUCACUAGGAAGCAUCUACUAUUCUAUUUUUAAUAGAUAAAUAGAAAUAUAUGAUUAAGAAACAAUAAUUUAAUUAUAUGACUAAAAUAAUAUAAAAAGAAUUGCUACAUAUAGUUUAAGGAAAUCAGAAGCUUGUUUAGAAACAUUACUUUAUAAAGGGUGGAUUUACAUAUAUGCAGAAAUUUCAAAAGUAACUGGAGUUCCAAUAGAAUAUAUAAUUUAAAGAGGUCAAUCAAUUAAAGUAUUGUCAUAAUUACUAAGACAAACCAAGAAAGAUGGUUACUUAGUUCCUGAUGAAAACCAUACAAAAAAGGCAGAAACUUGUAAUUUAAAAGGUGCUUUGGUUUUAGAACCUAAAAGAGGAUUUUAUAAGAUUCCAUUGGCACUUUUUGAUUUUGUAUCAUUGUAUCCAAGUAUAAUUAUAGCUUAUAAUAUGUGUUACACAACUAUUAUAAAAGAUUAUUCUAUAAAAUUGAAUGAAAAUGAUUACUAUGUGAUACCAGAAUUUGGACACAAAUUUGUUAAAUAACAUAUUAAAAAAGGAAUUUUACCAUAAAUUUUAGAAUAUCUUUUAGAGAAAAGAGCAUAAACAAAAUAAUAAUUAAAAAAUCAAGAAGAUAAAUAAAAGAUAAGUUUAUUAGAUGCAAGAUAAUAAGCAUUAAAGAUAGCAGCUAAUUCAAUCUUUGGAUUUACAGGGUGUGCAGAACAUGGAUAUUUACCUUGUUUAGAAAUCACUUAAUCUAUUUUAAGAGUUGGUCGAAGUAUAUUAUAAGAUUCUAUCUAAAUUAUUCAAAAUAAUUACCCAUAUGCUGAAAUAUUGUAUGGGGAUACAGAUUCAUUAUUAAUUAAUUUUUAAAUUUCAAAUUUGAAAGAUCUAUUUAAAGUUGCUGUUGAGGCAUCAAAUAUAGUUACAAAGUCUUUUACAAAACCUAUUAAACUUGCAUUUGAAAAAGUUUACAAUCCAUUUUUGUUAGUUUGUAAAAAACGAUAUGUUGGUUUAUCUUGGAAAAAUGAAUUAGCAACUGAUUAGAUUGAAUAAAAAGGAAUUUGUACAGUUAGGAGAGACAAUACAUAAUUUUUAAAAAAGAUUUUGAAUUAAAUCUUACAUGAAAUAUUUAUUUAAUAAAAUAUUAAAAGAGCAAUUAGUAUAGUAAAAGAAAGUAUUUAAAAAUUAAUAAAUGGAGAAAUUAACAUUUCUAAUCUUAUUAUAUCAAAAUCUUUAGCAAUAAAAAUUAAGGAAAAUGAUUUUAUGGAUGAAGAAGCCUUGAAUAAAGAAGAAGAAUAUCAUUCAUAUCCAGAUAAAUAUCAUGAUAUGAAUUAUAUUCGAAAAUAACCUCAUAUUAAAGUGGCUUAAGAAAAAGUUAAAAAUAAAUAAGCUAAUACAUUUUAAAAAGGUGAUAGAAUAUCAUAUGUUAUUGUUGAUAAUUUAACUGGUUAACAAUUAUCAGACACUGCUUUAGAUCCAUUAGAAGCUUUUAAAAAUAAUUAUAAAUUAAAUAUUUAGUAUUACAUAAACUAAAUAAAAGUACCCAUCAUUCAUAUUUUAGAACAUGUAAUACCAAAUCCAGAAGCAUUAUUUAAUUUAUCUUAAUAUUCAUAAUCUUCUACUAAAGUUUAUUUUAAUAACAUUCAAAAAAAUAGUUCCAAAAAGGCUCUCAAUAAAUAUUUAAAAAAGAAAAUCACUUGUGUGAAUUGUAAAGAUGAAGUUCCUAUUAAUAAACCAAUCUGUUAUAAUUGUAGAUCUUAAUAAUCUGAUAUUCUUUGUAAAAUAUCAUAAGUAUCUUUAAAUUAUAACAUUAGCAACUUAUAAGUUCCCAAAAUCGUUUUUAGAAAUAUCAUAUGAUAUGCUAAUAAUGCUAACAAAGUUAAUUUGAUUAAAUAAUAUGUAAAAAUUAGGAAUGUCAUAUAUACUUUAAAAGGACUUAAGAAUAAAUAAUUCUUUAGAAUACUUGGGAUAAAUAUGAAUAAAUUUAUCAUUGUGAUUGGUGA